AUGGUGUCGCAACUGCAAUCCCAUAUCAAUGAGAUCCCCAAUCUCGCCCUGUCUGAUGCCAUCCAGGCUAUCAUCGACCUCGCCCCCGGUCUAACCGCCUCGGUAUCCCCCACAGGCCAAUACGUCAUCCAUCAUCACGACUACGAAGGCCCCGCCCAUCUGAACGACCUGGCCAGCCACUACCUCGAAUGCGGUCGCCGGUGCACAAACGAGCAUGCGCCAUUCCGGCAGCGCCUGCUCCACCAAACCCUAGACGAUGUAUUCGACAAUCUCUACGGCCCAGCAUACAAAGCUCUGCUAGCCGGCCUCAAUGAUGGCUCUGUCGUUCUUCCCGAGCGUAGGGACGACAGAGGCUGCGCAUGCUGCGCCGGGGAGCCAGAUGCGUUAAUCUUGGCUGGGUUCAGCACAUGUGAGGCGUUCUACUUCGAAGAGGAGGAGUACCGACGCCUCUUUCGCGACCAGCCGGAUCUCGGCUCGCGGACGAGCUUCUGGAAUGACGGAGAGGAGCAUAGGGAGUCGUGGAUCAUGGCAUCGAAGGAGCAGCUUGAACAUGCCACGGCGCUCGACUCGGCCGUUUCGAGUAGGCUUUAG